AAGAAAACAUUUCGUAGCUGCUGUACUAGGUCUCCACCUCAUGCAUUGCAAUGGCUUCAAUGGAGAAGAUCUCUGCCGACCUCAAGCUCGCCGAUUCGAAGAAAGAUGGUCUUCGCAAAGCCUUCGAUCACUCUCUUCUCUUGCUUACUCUUCAGUGGAAUGACCUUCAAGAAUACUUCGAUUCUACCCUCAACUCUAUCCAACAACAGUUUCAACAACUCCAAUCCCGCGAGAAUCAACUCGAAGAGCUCGAAUCGAGAGAGAAACAGUUGGGUUUGUCCCGAUUGACUCUUGACGAACAAUCGAGGAAGCUCGAUUCUGUCCAGAAAAUGAUCGAUGAGAGUUUCACGGAACUUCAAUCGAAAGGGAAGGAAUUGGAUUCCGUGAAACAAUCGAUUGAAUGGCGUGCCAGAGAGUUCGAAGCGAAAGAGAAGCAAUUCAAAAAACGAUGCAAAGAAAUCGAAUCGAAAGAGAAGAAAUUUCAAUCGAUUCAGAAAUCGUUCGAGGAACGGGGUAAGGAGCUCGAAUUGAGAGAGAAGAAGUACGAAGAACGCUUGAAAGAGCUCGAAUUGAGAGAGAAGAAGUACGAAGAACGCUUGAAACAGCUCGAAUUGAGAGAAGCACACUGCGGUAAAGUUGCUCAUUCGAAAGUGAAGGUCGAGCUGCAAGAACAAUUGUCAGUGGAAAAUCAUUCAUUGGCUGCGAGUCUUCAAUUUUCGGUCACCAUGGAUGGAAAACACUUGCAGAUGUUCUUGAAUGAACAUGUGGAUGAUCAUUCGUCAAUGAGUGAUGAUGUUUAUAGAGCUCUUCAAUUAUCAUCGGACCCUGCAAAGCUUGUGUUGGAUGCAAUGCAAGGGUUUUACCCUCCCUAUUUGAAGAAAGGGGAUAAGGAAUUUGACGCUAGUGUUAUUAGGAGGAGUUGCACUCUCUUGUUGGCUCAGUUGAUGAGAGCGUCACCACAGAUUAGACCUUGUGUGAAAGAAGAAGCUGCGAAAGUUGCGGUUAAUUGGAAAGCAAAACUGAAAGUGGAGUGUGAAAAUUCUUUGGAGGUCUUGGGUUUUGUGCAGCUUAUAGGGACUUACAGAUUGUUACCUGAUUUUGAUUCAGAUGAGGUUUUCAAACUUUUCGAGACGGUUGCCCAGCACCGAGAGGCCCCUAAAUUAUGCCGGGUUCUUGGCUUUGCAGAUAAAGUCCCUGAUUUGGUUCAAGGCCUUAUCAAAAAGAGGCAGAAUCUUGCAGCUGUUAGAUUUAUACAUGCCUUUGAGUUGGUUGACAAAUUCCCACCUGUUCCGAUCUUGGAAGACUACUUCAAGUACUGGAAAAAGAUUGCUGACGAAACUUGCAAGAAAGAGAACUUGACUAGAGGAGAGACCAUUAUUGCAAAGCAAAGUAUAGCUGCUUUGAGGGCUGUGAUCAAAUGCGUCGAAGAUCACAAGCUUGAAAUUGAUUAUUCGCUGAAGAACCUUGAAAAAUGCAUAAAUGUGCUGACUGAAAAGGCAAACACUAGAUAUACUUCACCAGCAAACCCCGAGUCUCAAUCACAGCAGCAGAGCAGUGAGAAGAAUUGUGGGUCUCCGGCUGUGUCUGCCCCAAAGGAUCAGGAGCAACAGAGAGGCAAUAAACGUCCUUGUUUAGCUGUAUCAGAAGACACUCCUGUGUCUGCCCCAAAGGAUCAGGAGCAACAGAGGGGCAAUAAACGUCCUUGUUUAGCUGUAUCAGAAGACACUCCAAAUGCUUCUAUUACUGCUGAUUCAACUGUUCACUCGAUACAUUCACCUCAUCGAUAUCAAUUAGGCCAGUAUGCCGAUCGAGGUACAUCAUACUUGGUCCCGUCACGGGGACGCUAUGAUUUGGGAGGUUUCCAUAGUGUUGACCGGCAUAUGGGCUUAUACCCUGAUAGAUCAAUCCAUUUCUUUGCCCGGGAUGCCCCAAGAGAACCCUGUUAUUAUGAUGAGCCAGUAUCAUUUCAUUGGCCCGCAGACACAUUCAGGGGUACUAGUUUCUAUGACAGAACACAGACUUUUGGUAGCCAUAGCCCGAGGGAUGUGCCGAGGGAACAUUGUUUCUAUGAUGGUCCAGUUCGUUUUGAUCAGUAUGAUCCAUUCCGUUCAACCUUCUUCCCUUGAAAGUUAUCCCUUCAGUAAGUUUACUUCCGGUAUGACAGACAAUUUUCAUAGUUCGUUAGCCAACUGCAUAUACCUAGUUUGCAUAUUUUAUGGUAUAGAAUUUAGCUUUGUCCAUAAAACACUAGUUUUUUUGGCGCUCGUGGUUUUUGUGUGUGUGUGAAGCUUCCUAGUCCUGGUUUGUGUUCUGAUGGGUGACAAACUAACUGUAUUAUAUAUAUAUAUAUAUAUUAUUUAUGAUU